GAGAGAGAGAGAGAGAGAGCACGUGAAAGGAGGGGAGGAAGGGAGGAAGGAUACGGUGAGAUGCGCCGCGAGUAUCCCGCUGUCAAUACAGGGACUCGAGCACCAUCGAGGCCAGAGUGAGAGACGCGCGGCUGCUAGUCGCGGUUUACCCUCCUCGUCGCACCCUCGCGCCGUUUCGUAUUUCCCGCGGCAAGGGGCCACGUGGGAGGCACCAGGUGCGCCGCGGACUUCGACGGCUCGAUCACCAGGAUGAGCAUCCUGGGCUACGAGAGCUGAGGACCAGCCGGAUCGCUACACCCCGCCGAUCAGCUCCCGAGCGUCGAGAUGAGGCAACAUCACAGGCAUUUUCGGGCUAUCGUCCUCAUUUGUAUUUUCCUGCUCCAUCAUCAAACACUCGCCAGUCCUGUUUUUGGCCCGCAGUUCCUUACCGGAGGGACUGGAAGGAACAUCAGGCAUCUGCCAUGUGUGUCACGGCGCACAGGUGAAACUGGAAUAUGCAUGUUCGCAUUUACUUGUGCCAAGGCGAAUGGCACGCAUCUAGGCACCUGUAUCGAUCGCUUUUAUUUCGGCAGCUGCUGUAGGAUCGAUAGCGAGCCCGAUAUCUUCACUCAGGACAAUACAAUUGACAUCGACAAUCCGCUCUCGAUAUCAAAGCCAUUCGCCACGACUACGACUAUCCACACGUUCGAGAGCAAUGACAUUCCGGGAAAUGUGGACAAGCCAAAGCCUUCAACGAGGCCGGCGAUUAGCGCUACUACCGUAUCUUCCGUGACAAUAGUGACGGACAGCACAACGGUUAAACUUGCCAAUCAGACGAAAGUGAAACCCUCGAAGAUUGGGACGAAGAAACCAAUCGCUAUCGAAUCGACGACGGAAUCCAUAAGACUAUCAACGUUUCAGACGGUGCAAAAUGCAUCGGAACAGAGGCCGACCGUCUCACCAACUACUCCCAUUACUUCGACGUCGAGGCGGCCACAGAGACCGAAUAUUUCUAAUUUUAAACCAGUAACUUCAAAGCCAAAGCCAACUUCCUCAACUCCCGCACAUCCUCCAUGGACGUCGAAUAGUGCGAGUGCAACAAAUUCCACUAACUCUUCGACAUCGGCAUUUCCCAUAUCAUCAAGGCCUUCCCAGCGCCCCAUUACGUCCACGCCAGCUAUUAAUUAUAGUAUUGUUAGCAAGAAACCUUACACGACCGCGGGACACACUCGAAGGCCCAUUUUGACAUUUGGAAGCACGAUAAAACUCGAGUACUCCGGUACCACGAAACCUAACUUGCCAACAACUCGACGGAACGCUACUACGACCAGCACUACCGUAUCGCUGACUAAUAAAACAUCGAUACUGGAAGAUUCCGGACCCGUUACAAUCCCAAAUCUGCCGACCGUAUCAAAAAUCCCUUCGGCGACAAGAUUUCCACCUAGAAACGUGACUGCGUCAAUUACGACGUUUGUAACCGAGUUCACUAGUCAGCCGAUUUCUACUACCGCAACGAGCGUAACUUUCAAGGAUCCCGACCCAACGACAAAGCCAUUGACCACGAGAAAACCCAUCACCACAAAAAAACCUAUUAAAUAUACGACAAAGCGACCAAUAGUCUCGAAAAAGCCUCCGACGUCUUCGAUUACAACAAGACGGCCUGCAUUAACGACGAAUGUUGUAUCCACUACGCCUGCUUCUACGAAAAUAACGAUUUUAAAUUCAACUUCGACAACUACGAAAGCCACCAUUCCUUCGUCUAUCGUAACUAGCAGUAGUACAUCUACAAGCACAAUUAUAAAUCCAACUAAAAAACCCUUAACUAUACCGCCUAUUAAAAGAACUACUACAAAAAGACCCGUAAUAACAACCUCGCCGAGAGCCACGACGACCAGCAGGAGACCAACAAUCGCAUCGACCAUCAAACGGCCAAUAAUUACAGUUUCUAAAAAAAAUAUAACAAGCUCGGCCUCGGCUCUCGAAAGCACAACUUCAUUUAAGCCCGCGAAUGUUACUAAAACGACAGCGACAACGACAACGUCGCCGCCUCCAUCGUCCAAAGCCACCUCGCGUCCGCAUAUUGAUUUUACAACCGAUAAGCCCACUACGUUAAAAAUUACCAGCAGUACGACAUUGAGCUCGAACGAAACGGCAAACCCUAUUAAGUAUACCGUAUCAACAGGUGCUUUAACUACCUCGUCGAACACCACCACCACCACCACCACCACCACCACCACCACCACGAGGAUCACGACUCCCUCGACGACUACUACAACGAGCAAAUCGACAACACCCCCUAGUACGUCUAACGAUUCGAUUACCAAACCAUCUGGGCACAUUCAAGUCACAUCCGACGGUUUUGUAACGAGCAAAAAAAAUGUAACUACAUCACCGUGGAAUGCUUCCACGGCGACAACAAUGGCAAAUGAAAUCGACACGGAGCAAACAACAAUGACACCAGGUAUUGUUACUUGGAUGUCGUUUCCCGAUGAUGUCGAGAGUGCAACUAAAAAUCCGGACUUCUCGUCGAUAUUGCCAGAAACAACUGAAACUGAUUGGACACCUAUCACGACUCCCGAUGGCUGGAUAAUAAUACAAUCACCGACCACCGAUAACUUCGAUUCCGAAGUGCAUUUGGAUGUAAAACCGGUCACAGCCACGACACAAGUUCCCCUUAUCUUGGGUAAGCCGACAACGGACAGUACAACAACAAAACGAACAACGUCAACGACAACUCAACCGACUACCACCACCCAAUCAACGACGUACGUCGAUAUGCUAUCGACUAUAGCAUCCGUCACGAUAACUUCUGCAUUUACGGAAACCCCUUCGGCCCCCUUGAACAUGUCAAAUUUCAAAGACGUUUGCGGGAGACGACUAUUCCCGGAGUCCAGGAUCGUCGGUGGCGACGGAAGUUCCUUCGGCAAGUGGCCUUGGCAGAUCUCGCUCCGGCAAUGGCGAACCUCGACGUACCUGCACAAGUGCGGGGCCGCCCUGCUGAACGAAAACUGGGCCAUCACCGCAGCCCACUGCGUCCAGAACGUACUGCCGAGCGACCUCCUCCUGCGAAUCGGCGAGCACGAUCUGAGUAACGAGGAAGAGCCUUACAGUUUCCAGGAGCGCCGAGUGCAAAUUGUCGCGAGCCAUCCCAACUUCGAUCCUCGCACGUUCGAGUUCGAUUUGGCUCUGAUGCGCUUCUACGAGCCGGUGCUGCCCUUCCAGCCCAACGUCUUGCCGAUCUGCGUUCCCGACGACGACGAGGACUACGUCGGUCAGACGGCCUUCGUCACUGGCUGGGGCAGACUUUACGAAGAUGGACCGCUGCCGUCGGUACUGCAGGAGGUUGCCGUACCGGUGAUAAAUAAUUCGGUUUGCGAGGGCAUGUACAGGAACGCUGGCUACAUCGAGCACAUACCUCACAUAUUCAUUUGUGCCGGCUGGCGAAAAGGAGGAUUCGAUUCCUGCGAGGGCGACAGCGGUGGUCCUCUGGUAAUCCAGAGAAAACGCGACAAGCGUUGGAUUCUAGCCGGUGUCAUCAGCUGGGGCAUUGGUUGCGCGGAGCCAAAUCAACCGGGAGUCUACACGCGAAUCUCCGAGUUUCGCGAAUGGAUCAACCAAAUUCUGCAAUUCUGAGAAUUGACGGUGAAGCAUGGAAGACGCGUAGGUGCUGGAUCUCUGGCGUCGCCUCUCGCUCUACGGACUUACGUCGUCCGAUAAUGUCCGAUUGGCCGUGGAGUGAGUUAGCCCUCGUCUACUCACCCGUUAAUUCUCGAAUGUUUAUAAUAAUCGAUUAUUGAUAGUCAGCGAACGCACUUUAUGCUACGAUCCUUUCGACUUUUUUACUGGCGAACACCGACGUAAGAUGUACUUAUCUACCGACUAAGAUGCGCAGUCGUUGUAGAGAUUAGUUCAAAGUGAACGUGUGUAGGUGUUAGCAAUUGGAUGAAACGCUUCCCCCCCCCGUCCCCCG